AUGGUUGAUGAUAUUGUAGCCAAGGUUCUGAUGAAAGACAAGCACGACUUACUUACAUUUAUUAACAACUAUUUACAGAUUUCUCAUCCACGGGAUGAUUAUAAAGAACUCCUGGAGUUUUCUUUGAUUUUUCUCGAUGACACUCCAAAUCAUAUAACUCAUUUCAAACGUCCUGGUGCUAUGCACCAUGCGAGGUGGAUGGCAAAAGCUAUUUAUAGUUUGAAAAUAUUCUUGUUUAGGAGUGAAUUUAAAUUAACAGCGCGUGAAACAAAAAAUCUCAGAGAAAUUUGCAUUUUUGUCGUUUUAUUCUACAUCAAAGCUUGGUUUACCUCGACUUCUGCAAUUCUCGCUCCAAAAGAAGAUUUAGAACUAAUGCAAAAAUUAAAUCUAUAUCAAGAACAAAAUUUACCUGUCUCAUUAGCUGCUAUCAAAAAACUAUCCGAUCAUUUGUGGUAUCUGAAUGAAGAUUUAGCUGUUUUUGCACUAUUUGAUAAAAAUGUUUCUGUUGAAAUUAAGAGGCAAAUGGUUGAAUCGAUGAAGAGCCAGGAGGAAACUAUAAUUAUUGAAAAACGACGCAAAGAAGACAGAAACUCAUCAGAAAUAUUUUUAAACAAAAAUAUGAGUGAUUUUGUUUCAAAACAAUCAAUGAAACUUUUUGAUAAAUUUGAUUUGCCGUACGACUUUCUGGAUAAAGAUGUACUUAUGUGGCCAGAUAAUGAAAGUUAUAAGGAGAAUUUGGAUUUUUUCGAAAAAUUGAAAGUGGCCAAUGACGUUGCAGAACGUGGCGUCGCAUUAGUAGAAGAAUAUAAUAGAUGUCUAACUAAAUAUGAGGAACAAUUUCAAUAUUUAUUACAAGUGAAAUAA